CCGUCUGGUUGGUUGGCGGUUGCCUUCACCGAAUGACAACACCUCCUGCCCCCUCACGCCACCGCCGCCGCCGCCGCGCUCGCUCGCCGGAUUCCGCCGCAUUUUUUUCCGGCCCGAGCCCUCCUCGCCCCGUCCCACAGUCUCACUGCUGCGGCAAGCUCCUUAUUCCAAAUUUCGCCACGACGAGCUGACAUCGGCGAGUGACCCCACCCGCGGGCCAUGGCGUCGCUGGCUUCUCUCUCCAUCUACACCGUGCCGGGGCGCGCAGUCCGUGCGGAGUCCGUUCAAGCCCCUCGCCGGCGGCGUAUGGCGGUGGUGCGGGCGAAGGUGCGCGAGAUCUUCAUGCCUGCGCUGAGCUCGACGAUGACGGAAGGCAAGAUCGUCUCCUGGACGACCGCCGAGGGAGACCGCGUCUCCAAGGGCGACCCCGUGGUGGUCGUAGAGUCCGACAAGGCAGACAUGGAUGUGGAGACCUUCCACGACGGCAUCAUCGCCGCCGUCCUCGUCCCGGCCGGUGGGACCGCCCCCGUCGGCGCCCCCAUCGCCCUCCUCGCCGAGUCCGAGGAGGAUGUCGCCCUCGCGCAGGCGCGUGCCCAGGCCCUAUCCAAGGCCCUGGGCGAAGAAACCCCUCCGCCCCAUGCUGCCGCCACGGCUCCACCUACCGUGGCUCCUGCUCCGGCACCAGUGACCGCGCCCACGAAUGGCAUCGCUACGCCUCAUGCGAAGAAGCUCGCGAAGCAGCACAGAGUGGACAUCUCCAAUGUUGUCGGCACAGGGCUAAACGGCCGCAUCACGGCGGCUGACGUUGAGGCAGCCGCUGGCAUCCAGCCAAAGCCAAAGGCCGCUCCACCUCCACCCCCUGCAGCUCACUCUGCGCCUCCGGCUGGCAUACCAUUAGUAACUGCAGUCAGACAACCAGGACUGCUUCCUCCAGUGCCUGGUGCGACUGUGGUGCCAUUCACAUCGAUGCAAUCGGCGGUGAGCAGGAACAUGGUGGAGAGCUUGUCAGUGCCAACGUUCCGAGUUGGGUAUGCCAUCAAGACUGAUAAGCUCGAUGCACUCUAUGAGAAGGUUAAGUUGAAAGGAGUUACAAAAACAUUGUUGCUGGUGAAAGCGGCAGGCAUGGCACUCGCUCAGCACCCAGUUGUGAAUGCCAGCUGCAGGGAUGGAAAGAGCUUCAGUUACAACAGUAGUAUCAACGUCGCGGUGGCGGUUGCCAUUGAGGGUGGCCUUCUUACGCCCGUGUUAGAGGAUGUUGAUAAGUUGGAUAUAUAUCUGCUUGCACAAAAAUGGAGAGCCCUGCUCAAGAAGACACGUCUGAAGCAGCUCCAACCAAAUGAAUACAACUCAGGGACGUUUUCGCUGUCCAAUCUUGGUAUGUUUGGGGUGGACAGAUUUGAUGCAAUCCUUCCACCUGGUCAGGUGAGUUAUUUUCCUGAUCUCUGCUCAGGGGGCUAUCAUGGCUGUUGGAGCAUCGAGACCUACUGUUAUUGCUGACAAGGAUGGUUUUUUCAGUAUCAAGAAUGAAAUGCUGGUCAAUGUUACUGCUGAUCACAGGAUUAUAUAUGGCGCUGACUUGGCAGCAUUUCUGCAAACAUUUGCAAAGAUUGUCGAGGACCCUGAGAGCUUAACACUGUAGAAGAGAAGUUCCUCGGAAGUGUGCCCAUGAUUUAUCUGGUUCCAAUUGGAACAUGAUAGGAAUAAUGUUAUGGAGAAUUUGCAAAGGCGUUAAAAAUGUAGAAUAGCCACAGAUAAUUCUGUAUACUCCUCUUUUUUGGAUGUAGAUACCCUGAUUCAGCAAGCCAUGAAUAAUUCUACUCUUUGGGGUGUUAAUAAUAAUGCAAAAGAUAUUUACAUUCA